AUGGGCGCGAAGCAGAGCAGCCCCACCGCCGCCAAUGGCCGCACCCGGGCGUACUCGGGCGGGGACCUGCCUUCCUCGAGCAGCAGCAGCAGCGGCGGCGCUAACGGGACCGGCGGGCGCUCGGCCGGCGGCGGCGGCGGGCGCUACGCGCACCUGGCGGCCGCGCCUCACGCUGCUCCCGGCGGCGCGGCGGCCGGAGGAGCGGCGGCGGCAUCGGCGGGGAGUGCUGCGGGGUCGGCACCCCGGAGCAGAUCCCUGGGGGGCGCCACGGCCUCCGGGGCCCGGGCGGCGCAGUCCGCCUUCAACAUCCCCCACAGCAGCGGCCCCUACGGCUCGCAGGACUCGGUCAGCAGCACCCCGGAGGAGGGCGGCCGGGAGCGGCCCGCGGGGGGCGGCGGCGGCUCCUCCGGCGGGCCCCGGCUAGUGAUCGGCUCGCUGCCCGCGCACCUCUCGCCGCACCUGUUCGGAGGAUUCAAGUGCCCUGUAUGUUCAAAAUUCGUAUCUUCUGAUGAAAUGGAUUUACAUCUUGUGAUGUGUUUGACAAAACCAAGGAUAACCUACAAUGAGGAUGUGCUGAGUAAAGAUGCUGGGGAGUGUGCAAUAUGCCUGGAAGAGCUGCAGCAAGGAGAUACUAUAGCACGGCUGCCUUGCCUCUGCAUAUAUCAUAAAGGCUGCAUAGAUGAAUGGUUUGAAGUAAAUAGAUCUUGCCCUGAGCAUCCAUCAGAUUAA